CUAUUUAUUUAUUUAUUAUUUUUCUUUCUGUGUGUUUGUGGGCCUUGUGUAUCUUAAUGGGCCUUCUUUCAUGAAAAUGACACAUGGGCCGAUAGCUCCCUAAAUAGUAAAAAUAUACCAACUAAAUAAUUAUGAUAUAAGACGAGUAGUUCUUUCUCCAGUGCAGCCCAAAUUGAAAAGGAAAGUCGCGUUUUUAGAAGGAAAAUCGCUCAGUGAAGAAACACGUUUUUAUAUUUUCUGUUUGACGAUGAAAUAGAUAAAACAAAGAGUUUUACCACUGCAUCGACAAUACCACCGGUCGUUCUUCCCUAUGGCCUCCGCCGCCGACAAAUCUCACCGCCGGCACCAUCCCCCGCCCCAUCUUUCCCGGUUCAUAUCUACAGCCUCAACCAACCUAUCAUCUUUCCUUACUCUCAAAUCACCAUCUCCGGCGUCAUCCUCGUCCAAAAUCCACCUCCCUCUCCUCCUCGCGGAUUCAGACUCGUUCCUCUCACUCGUUUCCCGUUCCGAGUCAGCUCAGCCCGACUCGACCCCUUCGGCGCCGUCGAGAUCUCCCCCAUCUUCCUCCUCCUCCUCAUCAUCCAUGAAGAGCACGCCUUCUUCAGAUUCCGUUUCGAAGUUCCCUCCCACGGUUCGGAUUACGACCGGGAAAGGCGGCGGACCGGCGUUUGUGGGCCAGGUUUUCAGCAUGUGUGACCUCUCCGGCACCGGAUUGAUGGCGGUAUCUACUCAUUUCGACAUUCCGUUUCUGUCUAAAAGAACACCAGAGUGGCUGAGGAAGAUGUAUGCAGCAGUCACUAAGAGUGAAAGGAAUGGUCCUGUAUUCCGUUUCUUCAUGGAUUUGGGUGAUGCCGUUUCUUAUGUAAAACAGCUCAAUAUACCCAGCGGUGUGGUAGGUGCAUGCCGUCUUGACAUUGCGUAUGAGCAUUUUAAGGAGAAGCCUGAUACAUUUCAGUUUGUUCCAAACGAAAGACAGGUCAAGGAAGCCAACAAACUUUUGAAGAGCUUUCCCCACAGUGAUGGAAAAAACAAAGUUGAAGGUGUUCCUGUUUUCAGCGCUCAAAACUUGGAUAUUGCUAUAGCAAAAAAGGAUGGCAUCAAGUGGUAUACUCCUUAUUUUUUUGACAAAAGCAUGCUAGAUAACAUUCUUGAAGAUUCCGUAGAUCAACAAUUCCACUCAUUAAUUGAAACACGGAAUGCUCACCGCCGGCGAGAUAUUGGUGAUGACAGUCUCCCAGCGGAAGCUAUUGAAGAGAUGGGAGAAAGCAUGUGGGACCCUCCAGAGGUCCAGGAAGUUCUAGAUGAAAUCGGUCAUCCAGGUAUACCACUGAGUGUCAUAUCAAAGGCUGCUGAGAUUCAGCUUCUGUAUGCUGUUGACAGGGUGAUAUUAGGGAAUAGAUGGUUGCGUAAAGCCACUGGAAUUCAACCAAAAUUCCCAUAUAUGGUCGACUCAUUUGAGAGAAAGACCGCAGCUUCUUUUCUGAGAGCUAAAACAUCCAACUUAAUUUCUAACUCCGAAAUCAGUGAAGAUGCUCAACUCGAUAACCGUACCACUUUAGAUGUGGAACCAAAGGAAAAAACUCACGAUAAACAAGAACAGAAGCAUCUUAUUAAUUCCCAGUUCCCUUUUGGAGAUUGGCUUAGUCAUCCUUGGUUGAAGCAACCCGAAAAUCAGCAAAACCUCUCCGAAACAAGACAUCCAAAUUCUACAACGCAGAACAGAGGACAGGUGGCGCAAUCAUCUCCGUUCCUACCCAAGAUUACAAUGGUUGGUGUAUCAACGGGAGAACCCGGGAAAAUGGGCAAAGCCGCCCUGAAAAAGAUCAUGGACGAUUUGACGAAAGAAUUAGAAAAGGUGGAACAGGUAAAUCAAGCAAACUCUAACAGUAGUGAAUACAUGGCUGAUGAGAGAGAUCCAUUAUUCGUGGCCAACGUUGGGGACUCGUAUUCCGCUGUAUCCAAAACUGGCACAUCUUGGCGGGUUCGUGGAGGAUCUUUCUAGAAUAUUUUUUCUCUCUCUUAAAUUUUACCCAAAAUGAUAAUAUGUAUAUUAGUAUGAUUAAUGCAUGAUUUCUAUUGUGAUUAGGCCAAAUGGCUUACCUCCAUUAGAGAUAAUCAUAAUUGAAAUCAGAUGAUUCUUCAAGAAGAGUAGACUGGUUGUUCAAUACGAGGUAACUGUAUCA